AUGGAACAACCGCUGCGAGGACGUGAAAUACCGCAGACAUUUCUAGUAAGUGAUAUAGUUACGACAUUAAGUCCUAGUGUGUUCAUCAAAUGGAAGAAUGGCAUCCCAGAUUUGAUCGUUAAAUGGCAGCAUAUUAGUGAUCGCCUGGUCGAUAGAUAUGUCAUAAAUCUUGAUAAUGUGGAUAUUAAACAUAUUCCUAGAAAAAAAUUUGGUAAAUUAUUUCGAAUUACAUUAUGUGAACCAGAAAAAGAAAAACCGUAUAUAAUAGAAGUUGUGGCACAAUCAGCCGACAACAACGAAAUUUUUCGAUCAGACACAAUAAAAGUUAUUGUACCAGAUAAACCGCCGUCACAAUCAAUUCACCAAGGUCAGCAAAUUAGUGGUAAAUCUGAAAUAACUGAAUGUAUCAAUAUUAUGGAAGAAGAGUCACCAUUCUAUGCACUCCAAGAUGACGAGAUUAUGGCAGGCGAUAUUCCUAAACAACAGCGACAAAAGAAAAAUCCAAAACAAACAGAAGUAUAUUAUCUAACAAACAUUACAAAAUAUCGCGCACUUAUAUUAUAUCAACAAUUACUGACAGCUAGAUCGAACAAAAAGACUUCAACAGAUGAAAUGCGUAUUCGUAAUUGUGAACUUUCACCGCAUCAGAACUACCCAGUUAAACGAUUACCAUUAAUGGCUGAAUAUAUUCGUUUAAGACUUGUAACUCUCUGUCGAAAUAAUGAUAAUGGCGAUCUAUUUGAAGAUAAUGCUAUGGCUCUAAAAUCAAUACAUGAAUUAAUUAAAGAUAAAUUACCAAAAGCUAUUGAAGAAUUUGAAUUACUUUAUACUAAAAAUGAAAAGCGACGACAACAAAACGAAGAAUUUAAUAAUAAUUUAGCAGCUGUACAAUCUAACGUGUUUCCAGAUAUACCAGAAUUAAGUAAUUAUGAAAUGAAACAAGACAGUUCAGCUAUAAAUAGCGAUUCUAACACAAGCAAAUCAAAAAUGAAAAAUUAUUAUACUGAAGAUAUUGAUACAGGAUAUGACGAUACGUAUUUAUCAUCUAAUUACACUUAUAACGCUAAUGAUAUGCCAUCAUACGCAACAGAAGAGCUUGACAAUGGAUUUUAUCCAGAACAAUCGACAACAAUGGCAGGCGAACAGCAGUUUUUUGUUCUUGAUGAUGAUUUUGGUGAUGAAACGAUGACACAACAGAAUACUGCAGUAGAUACUGUAAUAAAAGAUAAUACCAUGAUAGAACUCGAUGAUGGAUAUGACGUUGUCAAUUAUUUAAACUCUACAAAUGAUAGUACCACUCUUCCUGCUCCUAUCACAACACGCGAUGAUGAAAUUAACGAUGGUUUCACAUAUGAUCCAACAUCUAUGUUUGCUGAAGAUAUUCCAUCGUUUACAACUUCCCAACCAAUACAAGAAGAAAAUCUUAUUGAUAAUACUGAAUUUCCCGAAAAAUGGAAAAUUGGCAAUGAUAUACAAUUAUUAUUUCAUUGGAUUGAUUUCAUAUGUAAUCAACACCAUUCAAUACCAUUAGAAAAACGUGUAAUUUUAGGUCCUAAAUUUUAUUAUUUUGAUCAAUUACCUGUAAGUAGACAAAGUGAUAUAUAUACACAAUGGUAUGAAAAUUUAAAACCAUCUAUCUCAAUAAUUAAUCCACAACAAUAUUCUGAAAUUUUUGAAAAACCAAAAGAACAUCAUGUAUUACCAUUUCCAUUUGAUGUUGAAUAUGAUUAUCAAAGAUUUAUCACACAACGACACAAUGAUAAAUGUACAUUAGAACAAUUGAAAAAAAUUUUUUAUUAUGUACCUACACCAACAUUAUUAAAUCAAAUAGUUCGAAUAUUUGCAGCAACAUCAUCCAAAACUCCAUUAUUACUUGAAGGACGACCAGGAGUAGGUAAAACACAAGUUGUUACACAAGUAUGUCAAUUACUUAAUAAACAAUGUGAACGUAUUAAUUUAUCGGCAAAUACAUCAUUAGAUCAACUUAUUGGAUGUAUUAUUUCAAGAUGUAAUGAAAAUGGACGACGAAUAUUUGAAUGGCAAGAUGGAAAAAUAUUAAGUGCAUUGAGACUAAAAAAAUGGAUUCUUUUAGAUGAAUUAAAUUUAGCAGCAUCAGAAGUAUUAGAAGGUUUAAUACCACUACUCUAUCGUGAUACUCAUACCUAUACAGUACCUAGCACUGGUGAAACAAUCGAAACUACUAAUAUUUUAAUUUUUGCCACUAUGAAUCCAACAACAAUCGGUGGUGGACGUAGUAAAUUGCCACGAUCGAUCAGUAAUUUAUUUACCAUCGUACAAUUAGAGGAUUAUAACAACGAUGAAUUAAGUGCAAUAUUAAGAUCUCUAUUUAAUGAUGAUCUUGAAGAAGAAAAUAUUGCAGAAGAUCAUCUUAAAACUCUAUUUAACCUUCAUACAACAUUAAAACAAAAAAUCAAUAAAGGUCAGUUAGGACGUACAGGUGGUCCAUAUGAAAUGAAUCUUCGAGAUUUAUCGAAAUUUCGUGAUAUAUUUCGUGGAUGUAUCAAAGAUCAAAUAUUUCAUUAUCGAUUUUUUAAUACAGAUGAAACUAGUGAAGAAU